AUGCAGCGGAGAUCAAUCAACAAUAUAAUCGAACUGAGGAGGCUGGGUGCCGAUGUCGGCGACCCAGUGACUAAUGUCAUUGAACUUGGUGAGACUUUUAUUAGUCAAGAAAGAGAGAGGAGAAUGUUCUACAACUACCACUUGGAACAUAAGGGUAUCGAUCAAGUAUCGAAAGUUCUGGACUUUCCAAAAAAACCCCGACGAGACAUUCUUAAUAAAAUAAUAUGUAUGCACGAGUGUGCGGAAUGUUCCUCACUCGGUUCAGAAGGCAAGUCGAAGUGUCAGGUCGGUGUUUUUAUUCUGCCAAACAAAUCUGCUACCGAUUCAUCGACCCGAAAGGAUGAACGGCUUUGUUGGCACUGGGUGGUUUCGAUCCAUCGAUAG